CCCACCCCCAGCUCAGCCAACAAGUGCCUGCUGAAGGUGGCGGCGUACGCGGCGCAGCUCGAGCAGUUCCCGCGCGCCAUCGACAUCUACGAGCAGGUCGGGCCUUCCUCCCCUCCCCUCCUCCUCCUCCUCUUCUCAGGAAUGGAGCAUUUCUUCAGGGCCGCCCUCUGCCACUUCUGCAUAGACAUGCUCAACGCAAAGCUGGCGCUGCAGCGUUACGAGGAAAUGUUCCCGGCCUUCUCCGACUGCCGCGAGUGCAAACUGCUCAAGAAGCUGCUGGAGGCUCACGAGGAGCAGAACGUGGACGCCUUCACCGACGCCGUACGUGCCGAAAACCUCCCAAAAUCACCCCAAAAUCACCCCAAAAAUCACCCCAAAAUCACCCCAAAUUCACCC